GCGCAUGCGCACCAAACUCAGCUCCACCCGGAAGUGCGUCAGAGCGCGCCAGAGAUGGAGGGAGUUUGAGAUGGACUUUAUUUUUUCCUCAAAUUACAUGUUUUCUGAACCUGUUCUCCUGUAUUUCGUCGGAAAACGCAAUGUUUUUAUUUCGCACAACAGCUGAAGUCAUAUUUUGAAGUUGAAGGACUGGACCGGGCCGAUGAUGUCAUCAGAGGCAGAUGUGCGCGUGGCUCCUGAACCGCUACGGCUGGAUCCGGUGCGGACCGCAGAACUGGUGUGUUCUGAUCUGGACCUGUCUGUGUCUGUGACCCCGGAGCGACCCGCAGACCGCCGUCAUCGCCAGGUGUGUUUUAACGUGAGUCCUGAGCGGGAUGCGGUCAGAAUCCUCCCCGUGUCCCACAAACCCAAGCUCGGACAUGAAUCAGGUCUGGUGACGGAGGGGGCGGAGCUAAACACCACCCUGGCUCUGAGGGCGGAGCUUGAGGAAGUGGAGAGCCAGGUGUUUGAUCCUGAGAAAGCUGUGAAAGAGAAGCUGCAGAGCUCAAGCCUCACGAAGAGCCUCAUCAGCAGCCGAGCAGCCGAGGGCCUGAACUUCCCUCGCUCUCAGCACCUGUACCGGGCCUUAGUGAGCGUCAGCCUAUCACGAGACCAGCUCAUCAGCCAGGCCCUGCAGGAUAGGCCAGCGCUGGCCCCGCCCAUCACCACGCUGACCAAUAAGUCUCAGACACUAGAGGCUCCUGAUCUGCUGCACUUCUUCAGUCCUGACAAGAUGCUCAGAGAGACUCCGCUGUUGCCUGGCGACCGCAUCCCUAUGCCCCGCCCACGGCCUGCACCUAGACCCGCCCACACAACCUUUCACCUCCAUCAGCAGCACAGACUCUGGGAGGCAUGAACUGAACCCUGUGUGUGUGUGUGUGUGUGAGACUCAUUUUGUAAGUUUUAUGUAUAUUAAUGUAUUGUUUUUUAGCUUAAUGUGAAUUAAUAUAAUAUCAAUAAAUCUGAUUAUUUCAGUGUAAUGUGUGAAUGGCCAAACACUGUUCUUUAGCGAGAGCACAGACGUCUGGAGCGGAUCUCUUCCCUCGUCUUUAACUCUCAGGAGAAGCUCUUAUGUUCUCCAUGCUGCAUCAAGACAUUCAGGAUCAUUAUCAGUUCUUGCAUCCUGACUAUUUGUAAUUAAAAGUAUUUUUGGUUGUAA